CGAAGCGAAAAAGAACUGUUCUUACUCGGUAACCACCUUCAUGUUCCAGGCUAAGAAAACUUGCAGGCUGUGUCUGCAGUGAGGUGCGACUAAAGAGUCUGUGACCGAAUCAUAAAAUACCCGGAAUUUGACUCGCCUUCAGCUGGUCUUCACUCGUCCCUGCCCGAGAAGCAGCACCACGACCCAAACCGUCGAUUUCUCCCUUCCUCUCUUCAUCCUGUUUUGGGGUGGCCAACCACCGACAACAAAACAUGCAAAAGUACAUCCCAGACAGAGAAUCCGAAGAUUUGAACCAGCCCUCUCUUGCCAGCCAUUUAACAUCGCCGGAAAGCAGCGACAGUCCAAAGCGCAACAGCGACCCGGUCGACACACCCCCGCCCGCUUACAGUGCGAGAGCUCCUUCAGAUGCAUGCUAUGCACAUAAUGCAAUAGAGAACCAGGCGGUCAGCCUGACGGCGGCAUUCGAAGACUUGGUUCUGUCCGACUUGCCCGUUGACCCGAGCGUCGACACAUGUCUUGCCCAUCUCAAGUUGCUCUUUGCCAUCCAAUGGAUGAAAGAAGACGUUGGCUUCGCCGACGGGCUCUGGGGUCUCUGGGAUGCCCAAGCCGGCCCCAUGGACCCAGUCCACAGGCGACGGCCCGAGAAGGUGAAGAAGGAAAAGGACGAACCAGAACCAAGCGCCGAGGAAAAAUUGCGAGAAGAGAACCUCAAAACCCUCAGCUUGAUCCGGGAGAAGCGAUGGGCCUUGUUCAUUGCCAGGGCCGUUCACCGGUACGAGACAUGGUGGAAAUCUCUGAUGGACGUGUUCCCUCAGCGACCACUGUCCGAGGCCGACAUGGAAAUCCCCGGGUUUGUCAUGUACGAGGGCUUUCCCACCGACCGUAAGGCAGUCUUUCGGUGGCGUGAGGACAUGCUGCCGCCGCUUGAUGUGCUCAUGGUCUGGCACACUCACAUGCUAAACCCUCGCGCCUUCCUGGAGGACGCCAUGUUAGCAGGCCUGAGGGACUUCUGGAACACCGGCAUGCCGUGGCGCCUCAUUGACAAGGCCAUCGACACCGACUUCAACUACACCGUUUCCUACGAGUGCAAGGCGAACUGGACGCGAAAGACAGGCCUGGCUUGGAGCAACGAGGACGACCCGCUGACCAAAGCAGUCAAGUGCCCCGGCUGUAGUACAUCGAUGCAGAUCCCCUGGACUACAUGCGGGCUUCCAGCAGAUCAUCGGAGCAAGAAACCGCUUGAUCUGAAGGCCGGCAACAAGCCGCCGCCGGACCUCAGCGGCCACGGCUUUGGCGACGGCGACCUGAUGCACAUCUGCCCGGGAUGCGGAGUCGUAAUCCGCAAGGAGCUCCUCUCGGUCGCCAAGUUUGUCGGCGACUUCAAACUCCUUCUCGGCCCCAAGAGUCGCCCCAUGCCCGGCACCGUGCUGUGUCCCAAGACCGGCAAGCCCACCACGUCGGCCACCCCGCCUCUACCUUCGGCCCACACCUUUCCCAACCGCCUGCUCAAGAGCGAUUGGAACUCUGUCAGGACCAAGAUUUUGGACCUGACAACGUUUCGCGAAAACAAGAACCCGACCAUGGACGAUGUGCGCAAGGCGAUCGAGGUGUUCCUUCGGGACCCGUCAAGCGUCUCGUUAAUCAACGGCCCGUUCACGAGGACCUACCAGCUACCGGUUGAGUCGCGGAUCGCCGUCCGCAAAAUGAUGUCACGGUACUGGGAAAACUUCAGCCUGUUCGCGCUCGACCUGUGCGGCGCCGUCAUGCGGCAGGGCAUCUUUGUCGAGAAGAUGUGCAGGCUCGAUUGGCUGCACAGCCCGGCGGCCCGCGACACCAUGGAGCGUCUUCUUACGAAGUACAAGCGCUUCAUGGAUAUCAUGCAGGCUAGCCAAGGCCAACUCCUGGUCCCGACGCUUGAUGUCGACCUCGCAUGGCACACGCACCAGAUGAGUCCCAGCAAGUAUUAUUGCUACACCGUGACCAAGUUGUCGCGCUUCGUCGACCAUGACGACAAGAUCGACGAGGCCAAGCUCAGCGAGCAGUUUGAGUGGACUAGCAAGACGUACCAGGAGAUGUACGGCGAGGUGUACAGCGAGUGCACAUGCUGGUACUGCGAGACCAUCCGGUCGGAGCACAUCAGCGGCCUCGGCAAGAUCUUUAGCCCCAAACUGUCCAAGCAGGGAAAAAUAGCCGAAUCCUUCCAUACCUCGGGAGCCGCCUCCCUUCGUACGUGUGCUCCAACUCCAUGUCAACCCCAUCCCAACGAUAACUGAUUUCCCUGAUGAAUACAGACCCCCCCUCAACAUCAGCCCACAUCUCCUCCCACCCAGCCGUCAAACCCAUCUACCGCGAAAAGAGCCCCUAUGCAAGACGCCUGGUCCACCAAGUCGAAGCCAACCGCCUUAAUUACCGCCUAAACAAAG